GUUGGAGUUAUCGACCUGGAGACUUGCAGGACCUCUCUCUAUCUUGUCACCUUUGCAUCUUAUAGAAUCUGACGACAUGAAGCACGGCCGUAUCUUCGGGCCGGAAACACACGUCAAUGUCAAUAUUUGGUCGCGUUCGCGCACGACUCUCCGGAUCUGAGGCUGGGUGUCAGGCGGAUAGAGAUCCACAUGAUUGGCCGCUACCAUCUUCAUACUCGACAUCUAAAGCAGGUGGCCGAGAGACAGUCAUCCCAAAUCCAACAAUAUUCAGGAACGCCUUUGUGCCUAGUGAAGCCACCCUUGGUAGAACGGAAACGAGCCUCGUCUACCCUGAUAUAAGUCAUGCCGCAGUGCACCUGGCUUUGCUCGAAUGUUUCCGAAGAUUGAGGCUCAGCGCCAGUAGGCUCGACGUCGAGCUGGAAAAACCAGCAUAUUCUGAAAAGCCCAGGCCAAGAGAGCACUAUGCGCCGACCAGAUUGCCAGAAUCAGAGCGAUGGGAUUUACUGAUCCGACUUGCCAUUACCCGCUUCACUGCUUGGUGGAUGAGCAUUGACCGGGUCUUCCGCCAUGCAAGAGCUUUUACUUACCAUGCUGGAGGCCAGUCUGUAGUGCAGCUGACUAAGGACUACCUUCCCCCCUUAGACGUACUUCUUAUCUGGUACGCCUUCAUGCUCGACGAAAAGACUUACACAGCUGCGUGCCACAAUCGAGGAAUACCGGAGGUCGGGCAAGUUUGCUUUCCGUGGCCUGCCAUUCGAGAUGUGCUCGACGUAAGCACCAUGACAUUCAAGCUACCCCGGGCAGCGGAGAAUCUCUUCUCAACCUUAACGUCACAGUCAGCAGAUAUCCUCACAUAUCUCGAAGGUCCCCCAGCGUACGUCGAGUUUCCUGGAUUACCGAUCCAAACCGAUCUCUUUGCCGAAGUCAAGCAACACGAGAAGUUCAUGGACGACGCUCAUGGUCUUUUAUGGAUCCGUUCACCUGCUUUGAAGGGCUCGCUAGAACGAUCUAGCAUAGAAUAUCUAGAGUUUCAGCUCUCUUCGAACUCUGCCGACAUCCAAAUCCACGACAUCCCUUUUGGCGUGGAACUGAUCUGGAAAACGCACAAACUCUAUCCCCGACAGUACCAGCUCUUUCUUCAAGGAAUUACACCGGCAUCUACGGAUUCAAAGUCACCAACUUCACCUCAAAUCAUUGCCGACGCCAGCCUUGAGUCGGCUAGACGUCUGGCUUCCGAGUGCUACUGCUGGACCUGCGAACGCAUCCGCGACGAUUUACCUGCUUUCAGCUACGACAAAUCUGCAUCCACAGCUGUCCUCUUUGACAAGUCCCUAGUCUCAUCCCUCUCCGCAGAACAACUCCGCUCAAUACAAGACGACCUCGGAUUCUACCGCGCUGUCGAGGAAGCACGAAGUCGGCGGUUACCACUACCAACACGACCGCCGACGGCAGCUGAGAAGGCCGCUGAGAAGCUGGAGGCGAAGAAGCAAGCAGAAGCUGGAUGGCUUCCUGGCUUGAACGAGUACCUAGUCACAUUGCCUAAUGGGAAGAGGAAGAUAAAGAGGGUGAAGCAUGCGAGCACGAUUUAUGGAAUGAGUGUAGUGUGAAGAGUGUACCAUAGUAUCUGCCGUCUUGCGAAAGAAGUUCGCUAAAUUAAGUAGUGUUUAUAUAGCGGAAAAAGCAAAACAAGACUGGGGUAGACAGCUGGGUGGACAGCACCUACGAGUAGAGGCCUAGUUAGACAGUCA